AUGGACAAAAGAGCGAGGAAUAAAAGGACAGACCUGUGCGUAGCGGUGCUGGUAACCGCUCAUUGCGGCCCAAUCCGUCAUCCAAUUCACAUUCGAAUUAACAAGUGAAGUCGAAUAAUAGUUCAGAACAGUACAGAGACUCGGUAAAUAUGAUUCCGGAGCAGGAAACGUAUGAAUUGAAGAGCCAGGUACAGGCGGAAAGGAGAAGUCUUUUCUUCUGUAGAAAGAUGAUAAGAAGCGUUCGAAGUCUGAAGAACUGAAUCCGAGUAACGUCUCGGGGGCUUAGGAGCUGUUUCGAUUAGGUUGAGGUUCAGACUUUGGAUUAUCCGAGUAUAUUCUUCUCUCCGUUGAGGUUAAGCGAUAAAAGCAAGUUCGAUCCAAGAAAGUCCAAUGGGACGGGAGAUCCAGAAAUGCCAAAAUACAGGAAAUUAUAUUCAGAACAGAAUCAAAGCUGGAACUUGCUCAUUGAGUGACGCUUUACUGUUGAAUCCAAACUGGGCAGUGAAAUAAUGAGGUCGAGAAAUUGAGAAACUGCUCUUCAACUCGUUCAGAAUGUGUUGAAUAUUCUUGAUCCAAGCGUUCGGUUCCAGAAGGUGAGACUUCCCAAAGUGUUUCUCUUCAGAAAAUAUCAAAUUUUUUCGAAGCGAGUAGAAUAUUCUAGCCAAAACAACAGAAAUAAGAGUAUAAAUCAACAGAAAGUGCAACAAAAAGGGGAAUAAAAAAGAAGGACGACAACAAGGAAGAGUCGAGAUGAAUAGGAGGUCGCACCGGCGGGUUCCGAUCGAUCGAUAAUACCGUCGCCAACGGGCAAAGGGAAGAGGAGGAGGAGAUGUACCUUGUGGCCGUUACUUCCAGCCGACUUCCACCAACUCGGUGAGGCGGCUAAUCGGCUUUCCUCUCCUCUGACUGUAUACAAGCGAGAAGCCGAUGCAACGGGAAAAAGAAGAAGGAGCUCCGCUGCGACAUAAGAGAACAAACAGUCCAGUGAAAAACGAAGAGUAG